UAUUCUGCAAGUCUAAAAACAAGUCGUCAGGAAUUUUAGACAUAUAUUCAUUACAAAUUACAAUGGCGUUGGUUGAAUGCGUAAUUGACAGAAUGAUAUCAUCGUCGUCGGUGCCGGCGUCGCCGUUGCUGCGCAACCUCGACGCGGUGCUCGCAGAUAUCUACGUCAGGCACAUUGCACUCAAAAAAGAGGACUGCCAUAACUACUACGAAGUUUUUACACAGAUUUUCUACAAAAUACAUAAAGCUAUGAAGGAGGUGGAUCCCUAUUUUGACAAGUAUUCAAGUGAGGUAAAGUUCGCAGGAAGCCAUUUCGAUAGACUGCGCAUCAACAAGCCCGACGAGUACGACAUGGUCAUCGUGGUCGAUGUGCCCUUCAACUUCAUACAGAUCGAGCCAAAACAUCCGGGCCGGCUUGCACUGUGCAAAACAGGCGUGAAAUGGAGGCAAUCCUGCGUUUCGUCAGAUUAG